CGCGCACACACACACAUACACACUUCCACACACACACUCACUCACAAAGAAGCAUCAUUCUGCCCGUAUUCACCCGUCAUCAGUCAUCCGUCCAUCAUGCACAGCAAAGAGCAGAUCAGUCACGAUGAAUAUCAGAAAACGGCAGACUGGCUGAUGUCUCAGACGAAGCACCGCCCUCAGGUGGCGAUCAUCUGCGGCUCCGGACUGGGCAUGCUCGCAGACACCCUCAAGUGUCAAGACUCCUUCACUUAUUCUGACAUCCCGGGCUUCCCUCAGAGCACAGUGCAGGGUCAUGCAGGUCGCCUGGUGUUUGGCGAGCUGAAGGGGAAAACGUGCGUCUGCAUGCAGGGUCGCUUCCACAUGUACGAAGGACACUCGCUCUGCAAGACGACCUUCCCGGUUCGGGUCUUCAAGCUGAUGGGGGUGGAGACUCUGAUUGUGACCAAUGCUGCCGGCUCGCUGGCCGACGGCCUCCAGCCGGGGGACAUCAUGAUCAUCAAGGACCACGUCAACUUCCCCGGGAUGGUCGGUCUGAACCCGCUGUGCGGACCCAACGACGACAAGUUCGGCCCUCGCUUUCCCGCCAUGUCCGGCUGCUAUGACAAAGCCCUGCGUUGCUCGGCCAUGGAAAUCGCCAAACAGCUGGGAGUGGCCGGCCUCACGCAGGAGGGCGUGUACGCCAUGGUGGGCGGCCCCAACUUUGAGACCAUCGCUGAGGCCAGACUGCUGCAUCGACUCGGGGUCGACGCCGUUGGUAUGAGUACGGCUCCCGAGGUGGUGGUGGCAACACACUGCGGCCUCAGAGUCUUUGGCCUUUCUUUGAUCACCAACAAGGUGGUGAAGAGCUAUGAGGACUCAGACAGCGUGAACCACGAGGGCGUUCUGGAGGUGGGCCGCCUGCGUUCUCACACCGUGCAGCAGCUGGUCACUGAGCUGGUCAGCAGGAUGGAGAUCAACAACAACAACGACACUAAUAAUGCUGUUUAAACACACACACACACACACAUACACACAUACACACACACACACACACAGAAGCACACAGUGUACAUAUUUAUUGGACUUUUAUAUCUCUAUGGUGCCUAAAAACUGUCUAUCAGGGUAAAUGGAAUUGUAAGUAUUCAUUUUUUACUUCUGACGUUCAACCUAAGAAAAUUAAUAUAAUUCAUAAAAGUGCUGUGUUUGAUGAUGUUUUAAUAAGAUGUGAGUCAAAUAUUUUUUAAUUACUCGACUGUACAUUAUUUCUGCCAAAUGAUUGAAUGUUAUUUUAUAAAGUACUUUACU